CACAAGGCCCUGCGCUCGCGAUAAGGAAAUGGGUUAAGUGAGGUCAGGUCGCUCUUCCUGGCUGUGGAGCGUAAACUCAGCGAUUAUUCACGACACCUUCACGCGUCUUGUGUUCGUAAAGCAGACAGCAGAUGCUGCAGGGCGGCCCCUCCACUCCCAGCUGCACCUCCACCGCACCGGACUGCUUCCCCCUCAGCCUCCACAACACAGCCGAAUGUAGAAGUGAGAUCUCGGCUGAACCAGCAGAGCGCAAAGUCAGAGCAAAUAACACACUGAAAGAUCUCUCCAGAAUGAGGCCCAUCGUGAACUUCUACAUAUGGUACCUGCUGUGCCUGUGCCUGGGCUUGGCCUGCGUGGUGUGCGUGUGUGUGUGGAACAGUCAGUGGCGCGGCGGGUUCGCCUGGGACGGCUCGGCCCUGCAGUUCAACUGGCACCCCGUCCUGAUGGUCACAGGUCUGGUGGUGGUGUACGGCAUCGGAGCGGUGGUGUACCGCAUACCCCUGACCUGGGGUCAGAACAAACUGCCCUGGAAGGUCCUUCAUGCUGCACUGAUGCUCAUCGCCCUGCUCCUGUCAAUCGUGGGACUUUGUGCUGUGUUUGACUUCCACAAUGCCAAACACAUCGCCAACCUCUACUCCAUACACAGCUGGAUUGGAAUUACUGCUACCGCUCUUUUUGCCACACAGUGGGUGGUAGGUGUGGCUGGUUUUCUCCUGCCCUGCUCCCCUAUGUCACUACGAAAACUCAUGAAGCCCAUCCAUGUGUGGUUGGGAGGCAGCAUACUGUUGCUCAGCAUCGUCGCCUGCAUCUCCGGGAUUAACGAGAAACUCAUCUUUACUCUUAAAAACACCAGUGCAACUCAGCCAUACUCCAGCCUUCCACCCGAGGCUGUGUUAGGAAAUUCAUUAGGGGUUUUGAUCGUGGCCUUUGGUUUGGUCGUCCUGAAGAUUCUGUCCAACUAUAAAUGGCAGCGACCGGACUCUCGGCCUGAGGAUGUGGCUUAUGAGCCAUUGUUUCAAGGAGAGAAUGAAUGAAGGAAAAUUCUGAAAUGCUCACUGCAUCAAACCAGGCAGGGGAAAUCUGCUCAUCCAUCACAGAUCAGAAGAGACGAGAUAUCUCUACUCUGAAUGUAAAAGUAGCUGCCUGGAGUUUGUAAGAAUGAUCUGUGUUUGCAAAUAUUUAUUUGAAAUGUAUUUAACGUUGCUUUUUUUUUUUUGCUAAAAAAAGUGUGUUUCAUGAAGAAUGUCCUGCUGUGCACUGUGUGAGCUCUUCAAUGAUGAAUUGUAGCUUUUACUUCAUGCAGUAAAGCUGUAACUGGGCCAAACUGAUGCAGGUCUCACAAAGACUUACUUCCACUAACACACAGGUUGUCGAUAGCUGGGCAAUGUACUGAAAUACAUUGUUCACUGCAGAGCUACAUGCGUAAGGCUGGAUCUACUAUUCAUCCAGAUACUAAUUCAGUUUUUUAAAAUUAUAUUUUAUACACACCCAAACUUCAGUUAAGGUCACGUUCAAUCCAUUUAGCUCUGAAUAUUGUCUAAUGCAAACUUUUCAGCACUCGACCCUCAAACUAAAGAUGCCAGAUACAAACCCAGAGGUCGUUUAUGCUGCAAUGAUUCUCCUGUUAAUCUGUCAUAAACAUGAAUUUGGGAACAAUGAAGAACAUAUAUCUAUAUUUUCACCAUGUCUUUUCUUUCGAGAAAUGUUUUUCUGAGCACCACCGGCCUUAUGUAUACCUAAUUGAGCUCUUACACUGUGUCGGCACUUAGUCUAUGUUCAUGUGGAUCUGGGGGUGUAUUGCUUCAAAUGUUAUUGUCUCAGGAAUUUGUGUAAUGCUCUUAGAUUGUAAGUACCCCGCUUUGGCCUAUAUGAACACCUGGAUUGUUAAAUUUCUCUUGCAUGUGUUUUCGAGGGACUUUAGCCGCUAAGUGAAAUGUCUGGCCACCUCCUUCUUUCGCAAAGAUAGAAGAUUGCGGUGUGACGUGACACAGCCAUUUGUGAUCCCCGGAGGAUGAACUGUUAAACUUUUGAAAAACUGACGUUUACUAUAGCACCAUCAUGAGGGUAAUUCUUUUCCAUUACUAUAUCGGCAAAGAUCCACCACAUUCUGUUUUGUCUCUGCCUUGAUGUUGCAUUUAAAUUCACCAGAUCCGUUUUUUUUUUAUAUCUGCACCAAAUUUCACUCAUUCAUAAAUCUUGCCAUGUUAAAUAAGCUGAAAAUAAUUCCUGGGUCCUCAUUAAAAUGUAAUAAUACGUUUCAUGGUAAUCCCUCUUGUACUGCCUUUGUACAGGUAAGUGUCCUUAUUAGUCUGAUUUAAGUUGAGUGUUUAAUGUAAGACACAUCUGGUAAUGAAAAUGUUUGAUCCAACAUGAUUCUGUAUUCUAUAGAGAACUUUGUGUAGAAUGAAAAGCUGCAGAAAAAUAACCUACCCUGUUCCUCUCAAAAGGAUUCUUUACUCUGUUUUUCUACAGCUAUCACUUUAUUUGAUCAAUAAA